AUGCGAAUUCCAUCGGUCUCAUGGUCCCAAACGACCGAAUGUUUGAGGGAGAGCGCGUGGCAAUGCUUCCACUGCGGGCUGGAGGCAUGCCAAAAGCUGACCACCGCACACCAUCUUCUUUCGCAACCCUACCCAACUUUGGAUGUCAUCGUAGCCGCCCCUACAAUAGCUAAACACUUAUUCCCGAAUGUUCCCGCGGCGCCUGGGAUGCCCUGCGCGGGCGAGGACCGAAGCAUAUACAGGAGAGGUGCGAGGCGGUGGCGGAAGCUGUACCGCGUUAAUGGACACAUCUUCCAGGCAAAACGGUUUAAUAGACGCGCAUUUUGUGCCUUCUGUCAAGACCGAAUCUGGGGUCUGGGCCGGCAGGGCUUCAAGUGCAUCCAGUGUAAGCUACUUGUGCACAAGAAAUGCCAUAAACUCGUCCAAAAGCCUUGCUCCAAUGAACACGUCGAUCCUGUCGAAGUCAAAGAGGACGCAAAUGGCGAGAGCACGUUGGGUCGAGCAUCCUCCGUCAGGUCUCGAGCGGAGCCCGAGCCGCUGCCAGAGACUCCGCCUGCGCCGCCCGCGCCCGUGCGGCCCGAGGACCUGGAGCCUGGCUCGCAGCGGCAGUACUCGCUCGAGGACUUCGAGCUCAUACGGGUUAUCGGACGCGGCUCAUACGCUAAGGUACUUAUGGUGGAGUUGAAGCGCACGAAGCGCGUGUACGCAAUGAAGGUGAUCAAGAAGGCGCUGGUGACGGACGACGAGGACAUCGACUGGGUGCAGACGGAGAAACACGUGUUCGAGACCGCCUCCAACCACCCGUUCCUCGUCGGCCUGCACUCCUGCUUCCAGACGCCCAGCCGACUGUUCUUCGUCAUCGAAUUCGUACGCGGCGGUGACCUCAUGUUCCAUAUGCAGCGGCAACGGCGGCUGCCGGAAGAGCACGCUCGUUUCUACGCGGCGGAGAUUUCACUCGCGCUACAUUUCCUGCACGAGCGUGGCGUCAUCUACCGCGACCUCAAGCUGGACAAUGUGCUGCUCGACCACGACGGACACAUCAAACUCACUGACUACGGCAUGUGCAAGGAGGGCGUGCGUCCCGGCGACACAACGUCGACGUUCUGCGGCACGCCCAACUACAUCGCGCCGGAGAUCCUGCGCGGCGAGGAGUACGGCUUCUCCGUGGACUGGUGGGCGCUGGGCGUGCUCACCUACGAGAUGCUGGCCGGCCGCUCGCCCUUCGACAUCGCGCAGGCCGCAGAUAACCCCGACCAGAACACCGAGGACUACCUCUUCCAGGUGAUCCUAGAGAAGACGAUCCGUAUCCCGCGAUCGCUGUCGGUGAAGGCCGCCUCGGUGCUGAAAGGUUUCCUCAACAAAAACCCGGUGGAAAGGCUCGGCUGUGGUGAGGGCGGCUUCCUCGAUAUAGUCAACCACCCCUUCUUCAAGAGCAUCGAGUGGGAAAUGUUGGAGCAGAAGCAAGUGGUCCCGCCGUUCAAGCCGCGAUUGGAAGGAGAACGCGACCUGGCCAACUUCCCGCCUGAGUUCACCGACGAGCCGGUUCACUUGACACCCGACAAUGACACGGUGAUAGCGGACAUCGACCAGUCGGAGUUCGAAGGCUUCGAGUACGUGAACCCGCUGCUGAUGUCGCUCGAGGACUGCGUGUGA